UCAAGUCAAACCCUGUUGGCUCGAAUCUGCUUUGCUCGAAUUCCUCGUUGGCUCGAACUGAUUGUUCAGGACAUAUUUUGUUUCCACUGAAUGUAACCAUUCACGCUUUGCUCAAAUUUCCCCGAGGGUCAAGGAAGCAAUGGAUUAUAGCUGGGGUAAUGGAAGAUGGAAGCCAUCAGGCCUUCAGCGCGAGGAAAAACAAGAUGCAACUGCAACAUGCCAGAAACGGCAUUUCAUAUCAAUGGGUAUUGGAGAGAAACAUUGAAAUCAGGGGAAGAAAAAGCUACAGAUAGUUUAGCCGGUGGAGUCCAGGAAAGUUACAUUACAUGGAGAAUUAACUCACAGCGCGGAGCCCGGGAGAAAUAUUGGAGAAAGACUGAAGAGCACUGUAGAGAGGAAAAAGCAAUGAGAAACUAUCUGAGAGAGAUGGCGAGUCCUACUAGCCUUCCCGCAGUCGUUCACCAUGACUCGGGACUCUGAUAGGCCGAUCAAGGGAUUCAUUCAUUGCUUGUCGAGGCAAGGUCUUUGGCUGUAUGGGUUUUGGUGCUUGUAUCAAUUUCUCUGAAUGAUUUGCCUUCAUGUAGUGCUGGUAUUCAAUGCUGUGCCGUUAUAAGUGACAUUAAAUUUUUUGGUGAGUGACAGGAAAAAGUGAUAUCAUAUUUAUGAAAUUUUGUUCAAUUGGUGCCGUGGCUGACACCAAUUUAUUUAAUAAAUAUAAUAUGAAGUUGAAAAUUAAUAACUGAAAUAUUAGUAUUGGAUUUACAACUUUCUUUUGUACAGUUCAAAGGAUACGUUUAUUAACGUUGGAAGCAAUCCUGUAGUUCAACAUUCUUAUAGACUGAUGCCAAUGACAGUGCUGGCUAUAUGUACAAAUGACAUUUCUCAGAGGAUAUUUUGAUUGAGUGAUGUGAAUUAAAAUGGUGUAAUUAGAAGAUAAGGAAUGCUACUGGACUACUGUUUUAAAUGGCCCAUGAAUAUGUCAGGAUGAGAGGGCUUUGACACUAGGAUGAUGUUUCCACACCAAACGAGCAUGUCGUCAACGGCCACCAUUCUCUCGGUACUGUUCGUGCUCCUCGUGUACAGUCAGGGCUCAAUGCAUGUGCCGCAAGGUCACCCAAGUGCAUGGCACAGACGACGCGCUCUACUUGUGGAUUACGAAUUUGAACAACAGCAAUUCGAAGAUAACGUGAAUGCUAUUUGUGAAAAGCAAGUUUUGAGUUCGGAGAAUACCGCGGACAAUUCUACCAUUUUCACAAUUGAUCUCCCUGUAAAAACUAAUUUUAAAACUUACAGCAAUAAACAGUAUAGUUUGCCUCAUCCAAGGAUUGAGUAUGAUAAUCAUACAAAGUUGAAUGUGGUGAUUGUGCCUCACUCCCAUGUUGAUGCAGGGUGGCUGCAAACUGUGGAGGAAUAUUAUGUUCACCAUGUGAAAGGGAUUUUAAAUAAUAUGGUGAUCAAACUCGGGAAAUAUGAGGAUAUGAGGUUUGUUUGGGCGGAGACUGUGUUUCUUUCAAUGUGGUGGAACGAUUUGGACGAUGAUGUUAAACACAAAGUUCGGAAGCUGAUAAAACGCGGCCAACUAGAGAUCGCUCUUGGAGGAUGGGUAAUGUCCGAUGAAGCGUCAACUCAUUACGUGUCCGUGAUUGACCAACUGACCGAGGGUCAUCAAUGGGUCAUUGAAAAUCUACAUGUCACGCCCACAAACAGCUGGGCGAUUGACCCCUUUGGUCACUCAGCAACAAUGCCGUAUCUAUGGAAACAGGCUGGUAUGGAGAAUAUGGUCAUCCAAAGGGUCCAUCAGGCAAUAAAGGCCACACUGGCUGGACAAAAGGCACUGGAAUUCCACUGGAGGCAGAUGUGGGACUAUAAGGGUGAUACAGAUAUUUUAUGCCAUAUUAUGCCCUACAUCUACUAUGGUGCCCAGCAUAGCUGUGGUCCUAACAGACAAAUUUGUGCUAUGUAUGAUUAUGGAAUACCAAAAUCUAUCUUUGAACAGACCACUGGGAGAAAAGUGACAGAACAAAAUAUUGAAACUCAGGCACGAUAUUUAUAUGAGCAAUAUAGAUUAAAAGCUGGGUUGUUCAAAUAUGAUACAGUGUUGGUUCCCCUGGGAGAUGAUUUUAGGUUCGACACAGCCGAGGAAUGGGAUCUACAUUAUGUGAAUUAUAAGAAGAUAAUGGAGUACAUUAAUAAUAGACCAGACUGGAAUAUGAAUGUUCAGUUCGGGACGCUAAACAAUUACUUUAAUAUUGUGAAAAAUAAACAGUUACAAAGUGUAAUUUCACAUGACAAGAAUAGUGCUUUUCCAGUAUUGAAAGGUGACUUUUUUCCAUAUUCUGAUUUGGAUUCAGAAUAUUGGACUGGCUAUUACUCAACAAGACCUUUUCAGAAGCAGCUUUCGAGGGACGUUGAAUCAAGCUUACGUUCAGCAGAUAUUUUGAGUACGCUUGCUUACACCCAGUGCAAAAAGUUGAAGGUGGAGUUUGAGAGUUAUCUCGAAACAAUGAGCCAGUUGCAAGAAGUUCGUAGAAGCCUUGGGUUGUUCCUACAUCAUGAUGCAAUAACUGGAACCUCAAAACCCCACGUUGUGCAGGAUUAUGAAAACAAACUCCUGCAUGCUUUUAAUACUUCACAGGAAGUAAUGAAUCGAGCAACUCAAAAUAUUUUAACGAAGUGCAAUAAUGAUGAUCCGUAUGUUAUAAGUACCCACAAUUUGCGCAAGGACGCUCAUUCUUCACCUAAGCAGUAUAAAACUACGAUUACCAAGUCAGGCAGUAAAGUCAUCUUUUUCAAUCCAGUUGCUCAACAGAGAAGUGAACUUGUCAAAUUAAGGGUAGACACUGUCAAUAUUGAUAUCAGAAAUUCCCAGGACCUUAACAUUCCAUUUCAGAUAAAUCCAAUUUUUCAAUCUGCAACGAGAAUUCAGAGUUCUGAAUUUGAGAUAGUUUUCUUGGUGGAACUCCCACCUUUUGCCAUUGAAUCAUACACAUUAUACAGAGUCGAUGCCCCUCAGUACAGCUUUUGGUCCACGGUUGAGACAUUCGGAAGUGAAAAACUCUCUUUUUCUAGUGAUUUGAAAUUUCAGUCAAAAAAUUAUGCCACCUCAAAAAGUAUUUAUAAGAUUGAAAAUGAACUGUUUCAAGCUAAUUUUAAUGAAAAGGGAAUGUUGUCAAGCCUUUAUGACAGAGUUCAUGAGAAAGAAGUGGAAAUGCAAGUUGACUUUCUAUCCUAUACAUCUCAAGCCAGUGGGGCCUACUUAUUUUACCCAUCAGGAGAGGCUAAGUCGACCUUGAGUGACCUUUCACCUAAGGUCAGGCUAAUUAAAGGUCCCUUCAUGGAGCAAAUACAAGUUGUAUAUAAACAUUUAUUCCAUGCUGUCACUCUGUUUGACACGCCCACAGUCCAAGGUCAGGGUUUACACGUGCAUAACGAGUUAAACAUGGCCGCCAAGUCAAUGACCAAUGAGGAGGUGAUAAUGAGGAUAAGCAGUGGCAUUAAAAAUGAGCAUGGGAGUUUCUACACUGACGAGAAUGGAUACCAGCUGAUCGGCAGACAGACCAGGUUUGAUGCUCGUGUAGAAACAAACUAUUACCCGGUAACUUCAAUGGCUGUUAUUGAAGACAGGGAGCGAAGGUUCACAGUUCAUUCACAACAGAGCCAUGGGGUUGCCAGUCUUAAGCAGGGCUGGAUGGAAUUCAUGCUGGAUAGAAAUGUGGAGAAUGAUGAUAAUCGAGGUUUGGGGGAGGGAGUUACAGACAAUAGACCAACAGUCAGUCAUUUCAUCAUACAGCUAGAACAAAAACAAAUUAACUCUGGGCAAAAGGAGAAUUAUAAGUACACCCAUCCAUCAUUAUCCGGCCAAGUGAUAAACGGCCAUCUACAGCAGCCCAUUCAGACAUUAUUCUCAACUGUGAGAAAUGAUGUGUUCCUUUCUCAUUUCUAUCCCAUCAACGGGUCUUUGCCUUGUGACCACACUGUAGUUAGCUUUAAAACCCUCAUCACUUCAGAUUUAGACUACAAUGGCACAAGCGUGAUUCUGCAUAGGAAAGGCUUUAGCUGUGAUUUUCCCACUGUGGGGCUUCAGUGCCCAGCACAAGGCCAUAAGGUCACAUUACAAACUCUUUUCCCAGAAUUCUCUGUAAUUGAUGCAAGGGAGACCACUCUAACACAUCUUCAUACAAAGAGUUAUCUAUCACUUGAUAAAUCCAUUGACAUUCAGUCUAAUGAAAUUAAAUCUUUUGUUGUUACUUUAUGACAGUAAGUUGUUGCCAAAUUGUUUUAAAUGUACCCAUUUAUUACAUAUACUUUUUUCUCCUUUUUUGGUAUUUAUUUGUAUUUGUGAAACAAAGCUGAUACUUUUCCUCUUUUUUAAGCUAAAGGAUCGUUUUACAUUAUUCUUGUUUUAAAUUUUCUUUUAAUUCUCUUAUUGUUUUGCUUUCUCAUUUUACCUUCAAAAGGAUUUCUACAUGCUUUCAAUUAAUGUGUAUCAUUUGUUAACAUAUUUCAGUUAGAGUUAUUUAAAUGUAUAUUAAGUCACAUUUAAGUGUAUGUAUAUUGUCCUUUAUAAGAUUGUACAUUUUCUGCCAAAUUCCCAUAGUCAUCUAACUCUAUUUGAAUUGUUAGAUUAUUGCUUUUUCUUUUCUUAUUUCUUACACAACUGGCAAUAAUGUAAUAAUUUAGUGAUAUAUUUACUUGUAUAUAUAUUAAUAUAAUCAACAAUGCACAUGUGUAUUUUAACAUUUGUGGUUUUACUUUUAUUCUAAAUAUUGACCACAAAAUAUUCUUAAAGGGGUUCAUUCACAGAUAAAACAUUUUACCUCAAAAAGUGUUUAAAUUGGUUUAUUAUACUUACUUUUAUAAACAAAACAAAACAGCAACAGGUAGAUCCACAUUUGAACAUUACUAACAUUUUUAAAUGAAAUUUUAAGGCCAAUAUUUUAUAUAUUUUUUUCUCAAAAGCUGUAGAUUUCUUCGGGAGAGUGGUAUAAUGUAAGGCUCAUCUUAAAAGCAGUAGAUUUUAACUACCGCUGGUAGAGUUCACAUAUCUGGCUUUUCAAAAAAAGGGCAUCUUCUGUUACAUUUUUCAAUAAUUACUAUCAAUAGCAGCAUUUUUUUCACAUUUCACGACCAAUAAUAACUAUCAAUGUAUGACCCUAUAAAAGGUGAACAAGUCCCUUUAAUGUGCUAAUAUCUUUGUCUGUGUGUGUGUGUGUUGCUGUUACUAUCUCGGACAUAUAAACCACUAUAGGUCCAUGUUACUAUGUACAAACAAAUAUUUCUAUUUCUUGUUAACUGUUCAAGUGUUAUCAAGUUGUCUGCCCUUGAAAAUCAAUGGAAGAAAUUUGUGUUGAAGAUUAUGCUGACUUGGCACUUUGCUCCUCUUAAUAGCUAAUGCAGUUUUUGUAUUGCAUGUAGAGAAUGGCAGGCGCAGCUUUGACAAGUGCUGUUGACUGCUUUGUUGGUGUCACACCUCAGUUUCUGAUCAAUAACUUUUGAAUAACUGGUGUGAGUCUUCAAACUUGGUAUGUACAUUAGCCAUUGUCAGUACAUGCCCUCUAUUUUAAGGUCAGUUGGUCAAAUGUAAUGUUGAGUCCUUUUCUAGAAAAAUGAUAGGCUGUCUUAACAGGCAUCUGAUCUGAUUCAAGGAAUUUUAAUUUAUUUAAUAGAACAUAAUAAUUAAAAAAUGGGCUUUGUAAACUUUAUGAUAAAAAUUGGAAUGCAAGCGCUUAUUUUUAAUGAUUUAUCAUGGUACUAAUAAACUUAUUAGCGAUUCGUUUAUUGAAACUGUAGUUCAGAUGUUUGAAUAAUGAUAGAAUUGGGAGCUUUCAUCCUAAAAUGAAUUUUUACCAUUUUUGUAGUCAGGUGAUUGAUGUAUACAUCAUGUGUGUGUAUUCCCAUGGUACCCAACCAUUCCAUUUGUGUUAUGUCUCGUUAAGGGGAUUGUUCGUUUUAUGAAUUUUCCUGAAUUAAAAUUCUUGAAAAUUAUAAAUUACAAAUAAGCAACAUUGAGUGAAUGACUCACAUUUGUGCAUGUUUUAAUGAAGGUGUGAAUCGCUGUCAUUACUUUCUAAUCUUUUUAUCUCUAUCAAUUUAACUGUGACAUAAGCAGAGAUGGGUCUUAUGAUAGCAAUUUUGUAAUUAUCCUUUUUGCCAUCAAAUUCAUGAGACUAUGAGACCCAUAUCUGCCUGACACAUUUCAAAUAAAACGCACGGUAUGUUUGAGUGCACAUGUACUAGGUGAGGAGCAAUUCUCUUGUUGAAGUUGUUUCAGUAAAAUUAGAUGUUUGCAUACUUGCGCGGCAAUAUUUUUCUUCUGGAUUCAGAAUGUGAAUGUUAUUUGUACAUGUUACUUUGCUACAAUGUACAUAUAUGAUGUGAAUUGUAUUGUUGUUUUUGAUUUAAUUUUAUGAAGCAUUAUUAUAUGUUGCUUUUUUGAUUUUCGAAGAUUAAUUGAGGUAUUGUUAUAUAUUAUUGUGUUGUCAUAGUUACAGGCGUGCAAAUAAUCUUCAAUAUUGGCAUUAAUUAAAAAGCAGUCAAAUAUUUAUAGUUGACUAUUUAUACAGUCAAAUAUUUAUACAGUCAGAUAUUUAUACAGUCAAAUAUUUAUUACUGAAUUUAUGUGAUGAAGUUUCACAAUUAUUAUAACGGAUUAUAUAUAAAAGUGAGAGUGUGAAAUAUAUGUGAAGCCUGUCUCAUCACUCUGACAAAUUGUUGUUGAAUUAUGUCCCUUGGUUAAUUGAGAAAAGUUGACAAGCAUUGACAUGAUCUUGCAAUAUUCCGGCAAAUUGUGAUUAGUAAUGACCCUUGGUUAAUUGAGAAAAGUUAACAAGCAUUGGUAUCCUCGAGCAAUGUUCUUGCAAAUUGUUGUUAGUAAUGUCCCUUGGUUAAUUGAGAACAGUUGACAAGCAUUAACAUCCACUUGCAAUAUUCUGGCAUAAUUAUUAUAAGUUAUGCCCCUUGGUAAAUUGAGAAAAGUUGACAAGCAUUGCCAUGCACUUGCAAUUGUCGGGCAAAUUGUUUUUAAAUUAUGCCCCUUGGUAAAUUGAGAAAAGUUCACUAGCAUUGCCAUGCCUUUUUUAUUUGAUGGUAUUAAAAAUAACAGAAAAUAGCCACCCUAUAACAGUCAAGUAUAAAAAGAAAAUAUUAGUUCCACUAAUAUUUUGAUAAACUUUAUAUUAAGUUCUACUAGUCCACCAUUUGGUUAAAAAAAAGAAACAAAAAAAUCAUAAAAAUCUGGAUGAAAAUAAAUCAAUUUUCACUGAAACAGCACUUAAAUAGGUUUUUAUGCACAUGUCCCACAAUCAUUAAUUGCCAAACACUUUUUGAGGCCCAAAUGAAACUCCUUUAUUUAAAAUAAAACUAUUGAUUACAUUAAUCCAUUGACAAAUUAGACAAAGCUGGAUAAAACAAUUCAUAAGGCUUUGAAAAAGAAUUAGUUAAUGAGAAAUAAAUUUUUACAACCAAUCCAUGGGGACAACAUUGCGAUUUCACUUUACAAAAAUGUUCCAAUCCAUUCACCUAGCCUUAUAGGCAUUUAAUGUUGUUGUUUAUUUUCUUCAAAGAAUUAAAGUGACUCUCUUUAUUUAAUAUUAUUGUAAACAAAUGUCUAACAAACAUUAAUUUUGAGUGAUAAACCUUUAACUACUUACUAAAUAAUGGAUUUAUGGAAAAUACUAAUUACUGAUAACAAGAUUGUAACCGUGUAUUUCAUAGCAGAAAACGCUCAAAAUUUAAUAUUAAAUGACUGGUGAGUGCUAAAAGAUUUACAUAAUCAACUAUCCUCUCAUAAGGUAGAAAACGUGUUUUCUGCACCUUUCUUUCAAAAUCGACACAGUUUCCUCCAUAAGAACCAUUGUUUUCGAUAUUUAUUAAUCCUUUUCGGUAAAUUAAAACAAUUGUAUAAAUUGUGGUAAAUCUUAUUUGGGAGUAAGAGUGCAUCUUUAACCAGUCAGUUUAUUGAGGUGUAUGAAUGUAUUGCCUCUCCAUGUACUUACGUACAGUGUGUGUAUACCACGUGAUAAAUUGCCUCAUAAAUACAAUAAAUUGUUCACUUCCCGGUUAAUUGAAUUCAACAGACUUCAUAGCGCAUUCUGAUAUUUUCAUGACAUCAAUAGACGUAAUUGUUCGGUGGUACAUAUUGUGUUUGGCUUUAAUUUGUAUAUUGCUUUGUUUUACCAAUGUGUGACAUUUCAUGUAUGAAUAAUAAAUAAAAAUGAUGAAACGGAA